GGUAUUUCUUUCAAAUCAUUUGUGGUUGUUUAAUUAAUGGAAGUAACAUCAAAAUUAGAAUUUUUACUCCUGUGGAUGUAGAGUAAACUGAUUGAUAAUGCUCACUGUUAAAUAACUAGAACAUUUUGGCCUUAUGGUAUGCCUUGCAUUAGAUUAAAUUUCUACAUUCCUGUUUAUUAGUUAUUUUAAUGAGAUAGGACAUCUUUACUAUUAGACUUAUACAAUUAAGUUGACUUUUGAUGGGUUUGAAAGAGAUUAUAUAUCCAACUUUACUGUUUGCAUGGUUUUCAGUUUCAAGUGGUGUGACUGAAUUUCUAAUGCACAUAUGUGAUAUCAUGUUCUUGAGACUACACUUCAGGCUCUCAUGUUCUUGCUUUUCUUCUUGUGUUGAUGUUGAAAAUGCAAUUCUUACAGUGGAUAAAGCAAGCUUCUAAACCCAACAAGGAAGCAGUUAUUAAAGCAUUGCUAGGUGCAAAAGAAGUUAUGCUUGGGAUUAGAUAUCAUAUGCGCCUAAUGGGUGAGGCUGCAGGUGUUCCUAUUGAACCAGAAUCACAAACAAAACUUUUAGAUGCUACACUGAACUUGGAAGGAGUGUUGUUGGCUGGAGUUCCAGGAGCAGGAGGAUUUGAUGCUGUCUUUGCUGUUACUUUGGGAGAUUCAAGCAGCAAUGUGACAAAAACAUGGAGCUCACUCAAUGUUCUUGCCCUUCUGGUUAAAGAAGAUCCUUAUGGCGUUUCUUUAGAAAGUGUUGACCCUAGAACAAAUGAAAUCACUUCAGUUGUAUCUUCAAUUCAUAUUGAAUAAUUUAUUGUAAAUAUUGUUUAUUUUUAAUACGAUGAAUUUGUUUAUUUUUUGAAA